GGGAAUCUCGUGGACUCUGGAAGGGGUGAAAAAAAAAAACAACAAAAAACAAUAGAAUGGAAUGAUCAGUUUAAGAUCUUAAUUUAACAGAUAUAUUUGAUAUUAAGUGAAGCCCUGCACAUACCUUGUCCCUGCUGUCUCUGCAAUGGAUUGUGAUGAUGAGAGUGUAAACCAGAGCCUGAAGCAGCAGUUCCAGGCCUUGCAAGAGCAGCAGCAGAGGAGGCUGCAGAAGCGUAGGGAGAAGCAGAAAGAAAAACUGCAGCUGAGUCAGAGAGCUUCUGCAAGCAGGGAGGCAGACCCUUUCAGCGCUGAGGAAGACCUCAAGCUCCUGGAGCUGGACAGGGAACCUCAUGGUGCCCUUAACACAAGGAUAUUAGAGGAUGAAAAUGAACAGCUUCAGGACCAGCUGAGGGAGGUGCAAGAUGAGAACAGCAGGCUUUACAAACUCCUCAGUGAGAGGGACUUUGAAAUCAAACACCUGAAGAAGAAACGAGAGGAGGACAAGUUUGCUUUAGCAGGUACCUCUGGCAUGGCAGGUGACGUGGCAGCCACUAAAAUAGUGGAGCUCUCCAAGAGAAACCGGGAGCUGACAGCGGAGAUGGAACGGGAGAAAGCCAAGGUGAAACAGCAUAGCAACAGGGUGAAGGACCUAGAAAAGGAGCUGCAAUCUGCAUUGUCUGGCAUUGGUGGAAAAGAGACAGGAACCAUGACAUUUACCUCAAGGACUACAGGGGACCUGACGCCUGAGAACCCAGAGGUUAAGGCUCUACAGGAGAAGCUGUCUGUAGCUAAUUUGAAAAUGACUGAGUACCGCAACCAGAUCCAGUCUAUGAAGCAAGAAAUGAAAAUAGCACACAAGGUUCUGGCUAAUGAAGUUGGGGAAGAAGUCAGCAUUCAACAGCUACUAAGUACAUCUGGAAGCUGGCGAGGCCGGUCUCAGCAGAUCCUAGCAUUACAGAACAGGGUGCGGGAUCUGGAGUCACAGCUAGGGCAAGGCUCUCAGCGUAGGCAGGUGCCAGCUCUCACCAUGGAGGAGGAGAUGCUGGGUCUGGGGGCACUGCAGAGAACCCCAGUGCAGGACAGAAACCUCAGCCGCCUUCGCACCAUGGAGAGAGAGAGGAAGGAAACCUCAGAGAAACUGACCUUUGACUACGAAGUUCUACAGAAAGAACAUGAGGAGUUAAAGAAAAAGCUGGAGGGCUCCAAAGCCAGAAACAAAGCACUGUGCAAUGAGGUGAAAUCCCUGAAGGGUCAGAUUUCCACCCUCCUGGAGAAGGGCAAACACGACGACGAGCUUGUAGACGCUUUACUGAAGCAACAGAAACAAUUGCAGGUUGUUUUGGGGUGCUUGAGCCAGCAAGAGCAGAAGACCAAGGAGGUCCAGCAGAGCCUGGGACAGCAGUUCAGCAGUGAGGCCCAGAAACACGGCUCUCUCGUGGAGCAGCUAAAGCAGAUGGUCGAUGAGAGAGAAGCCAAGGUCAAAGAGCUGGAAGAAGAAAUCCAGCAGCUAUCACUGAAGAGAUACUUAGGUGAGGAGACAAAGGUACCAGAGAGACCUCACUCAAGAGGAAAGAUAGAUAAAGAUACUGAAAGCACUUCCAGACCUCCAACGGCAGGGGGCGAUCACAGUGGAAGGAUAUCCUCUGCCCGUGCCAUUUCCAAGCUGGGGCACACACUUGUGGAAUCAGUAGCUACUCACUCCUCUUCAGGAGGCAGCUCAGGAGGAAGUAUAAGUGUUGCUGAAUCUAAGUCCCUGCAGGUGCAGUGCACUGAAUUCAAGGCCUUGUAUCAGGCAGCAGAAGUGGAGAGAGAUAAACUCAUGGAGCUGCUCACAGUCCUGCAGCAGAGAGCGGAGGAGGCCAAGGAAAAGAGUCUGGAGGCUGAACAAAAGCUCCGGGGAGAGCGCCGGAGAGCUGUGGUUCUGGAGCAGCAGCUUGAAAAGGCAAAGUUAGAUUCAGGAAAAGGGCAAGGCAAUCAAAAAGACACCAACAGAAACAAAGCAGGUGUUUCUGCCAACAGUACUAGACUUAGUGUAAUUGACAGUAGGGACUUGUCUCCUGGUCGCUCCUCUGGAAUACCUUUGGAGGUUCAAAUUGAAGAACUAAAUACAAGGCUUGUUAUUCAGUCGGAUGAGAAUAAUGCCCUGAGAAUGGCGCUAAAGAGUGCACUGAAGACCAAAGAGGAGGAUCUUAAACUGUACCAUGAAAUGAUGGGGCAGGUGAAGCAGGUCUUUCUGCAGGCUCUAAGGCAGCACAAACAGGACAAGAGCAGUUAGCUACAGCCAAACCAGACACCACACAGGGAUACCUACAUAGAUACAGCUUAAACACAAUAACCAGCAGUAUGUAUUUAGGUAGUUGGUGGACAUCUUGAAAAGGUGUCCAUAGAUAACAAUAAUAACAUCUUUAAGCACAGAACCUGCUGGUUUGGGGUUUUUUUGCAAGCAAACAAGCUGUAAUAGUUCUGUUGUAGCUUUAAGAAUUAUAAUAAUUAUCUUAGGAAAACUGAAGUUAAUCUUUUAAUUAACUCAAUUAAUCAGUCCUUAAAGUUUGUGAACAGGCCUGUUAUUGCUGUUUUUCAUCUUAGUUAUAAUGAAAAAAGUAUAACAAUCUGGAUUAAUGACUACACAGACUAUUUUUGCUGCUUAUUAGAAAUAAUUACAUUAAGUCAAUAAAAAAAGGCUAAUCUACAGUGAAGGAAUUUACUGAAAUACAUUUUUGUUGUGCAACUUUAGUUUAACAUUAAAGUAGAAAAUAACUUUCAUGUCAUACAAAGGACUUAAUUGAUCAGUAGCAUGUACUGAUUGUAAAAAAUGAAGUGAAUAAAAGUCCCACUGUCACCUCAGUGUGUUGUUUUUCUGGAUAUUUUUUAUUUUUUAGCUUUUUACAAAAACCUUUACUUUUGAUGAUCACUGACAACUUGGAUUAGGAACCACUGAUCCUUUUAUUAGCAGCUGGGCGGUAGCCACCAUUAACAAAACAUGAUAUAUAGAG